AUUGUGCACCCCUCUUCCAGUUGACAUCUUUCUGAACAGGCUGAACUCAUUUUGUACCUUUGGCCUUUUCAACUUGACUUUCUUUCUUUUGGGAGCAAACCUCGCAUAUAUUUUAUUCUCUGCUGCUUUGGGACCACAAUUACAUUGCUUUUUCAAAGCAACCCACCAUGUCUGCGCAAUCCGACGCUAAUAAAGUCUCGGGCACUGCAGUGUCGGUCCCGGAGUCCCCAACCACAGCCAGACCCUUCGAGAUGGAUGACGACGAUGUUCAAGAGUCGACCGGGUUGGAGUCGUCUGGGACGGCAACCGCGCCAGGAGCGGCAUCAACCACAACUGGUGCCGCAACAUCAACAGCGAGAGCAACUGAGGAGGCGGCGCCGCCAAAACCUCCGAGACCUAUGACCGAAGCACAAAGGCACCAGAUGAUGCUCAAGGAGGCCUUCCCUACGCUCGAUGAUGCUGUCAUCAGGGCUGUCCUGACCGCCAGUGGUGGAAAGAUUGACCCUGCCUUCAACGCUCUUCUGGAAAUGACCGACCCAGAUGCCGCCAGCCGUGAAGUAGAUGAGCCCGCACCCCCGCAGCCUCCGAGGCCGCCUGUUGUUGAAGGCGCAACAGCGCAGUCCCAACUGGAGGCAGACGAGCUGUACGCUCGGCAACUGGCGCAGCACUACGAGAACGUGGGCGCAUACGAGGAGCGAACCAGCCGCCGGCCGGCUCGUCAGCAGACAGGUUUGGAUCCUAGCCGGAACUACCGUAGCCAGAGUGGCGCAAGCCGGGAACCAGAGCGAAACUUUAUGGACGAUGAUCUCCCCAUAAUCAAGGAAAAUCUCCGCAAGGGCUUCCAGGAAACGCAGAAGACGGUCAACACAUGGUUUCAGACUAUCAAGAAGCGCAUCGACGAGGAGUUUAGCGAUGAGCCGCAGCAGCAGGGACAACAGGGUGUGGGCCGUGGUCAGUCAUCGCAAGCAGGCCGCAGUCAGUAUGGAAGUGGACGGGCCAGCGCAGACGCCAGUCGGCGCAGUGGCGAUUACGAGCGGUACGACGCAGACCCUCAAGUGCUCAGUGAUGACUUUGCUGGUAUGAAGUUCAACACCGACGGAACUCCUGUUGGCCGCGCCCAACCGAACCCAAACAUAUUCCGCCCGCCACCACCCUCCGUCUCACCAAAGCCUGGUGGUGAUGGCCGCAAAGUCGCCUUCCGGGAUGGAGCUGAAGAAAUUGGUGACGUUUACAACGUCUCACCUCAGUCAACCGGUACCUCACCGGCACCAGGCGCAGGCGCCACGGCAUCAGGUACCUCCGGCAAGCCGAGCAAAUGGCAGCCCUUAUCCACGGUCGAACCCAGCCCGAUCGCGGACAACGACCCUUUCAGCUUGGGUGACAGCGAUGACGACAAGGACAGCUCCCAUACCAGCUCAGGGACCAAGGGCCACAAGAAGACGGCCUCGUCCACGUCGGGUGGUGACAUCAAGAUGGAAGACGCGGAGCGCCUGCGCAAGGCUGCGGCGGAAGCCAUGAAUGAAAGUUUGGUGGAUGACAAGAAGAAGGGUGGAGAAACCACGGUGAAGAAGGAUUAGAGUUACAAGCCGUGAGCGGCGUAUGCUAAGCUUCUAGGGCCUGUUGCGUAUUUGACAAUUGUGCACGAUUUAGACACGUAUAUUCCCCCCCCAAUUCGCUCGUUAUACCGUCCUUUGGCAAUACAAGACGCUGGCGUGUCAAAAGAUUCUGUGGAGUAUUGGUCGUGAUUGACACCAUUAAUAAUAGAGAAUGUGAUGUAGUCAACAGAAAAGCCCAGUUGAAUGAAUGGGCUCGGCUAAGAACAUCAAAAUGUAUAUAUAGUAGGAUCUUUUUGCUGCGUAUUUUACUG